AUGGUAUCUCCUGCAGUCUCUUCGACCCGUCGGGUCCAUGCUGUGGACAAAGCGGCUUUGAGGGCUUCGAUGAAACAGUCCCUACUGAAGGCUCAGAAAAACGAUGGAGGGUUUGGAGCUGUGCCGAGGACUGAGCUUCCCUCUGUGUUGGAAGUAACGAAGUUAUGUUGAGGUGGAGAGUUUUCGCUUUAGUUCUACUGGUUACCAAGAAAAUGGUUUAACUGUCACCAGAGGUAGUACCACACUUACCUGGUACUUCUAUGAAUAAUUGACCAGUACUUCUUUGUUUGACCAGUGGUACUUCUAUUAAUAUUAGACUAGUACAUAGAUCCACAGCCACACUUUUCUUCUAACCUCCACAACCGGAGGAGAGCGUCUUUCCGAAUGUUCUGAGAUGGUGACACCUAUGGAGACGGCUGGACGGCCUCUGAUACCGCCAACAGACGAAGAUAUGUUUUUCACCCCUGCAGGCGUCGAGGAGGGGUGGAGAGCGGAAGAAGUAGUGAAAGAAAACGAAGAUGCCGAGAAGACUCCAGUAAGUUCUAGUAGUACUCGUGAGGUGUCAUCAAGCUCCAGUUCUAGGGUGUCGCGACUCGAUGAUGUGGCGGCAACAAGUGCUGACGAUGAAGAUGUGACCACGUUGUAUUCUUCGAAUUAUUGGAGGAACAGUGACAGUAAUGAUAACGAAGGUCUAGGGGACAACAAGAAUAAAGACGUGAAAAAAACUACAGCGACGUCAUCUUCAACGUCUGCUCUCGUUUCUCGAGAAGCAAGUACGAAAAGCGGUUCAGUCGUGGCAACAGCAGGCGAGAGCAGCUCCAAGAAGCCAGAUGUGGUGAUCUCGGUGAGCCAACUGACUUUAGAGCAGAUAGGACAACACAAAAAGCAUGGAACAGUUUUGUUCAAAGAACAAAAAUACAGCCAGUCGAUCGACGAAUAUUCAAAGGGUGUCACUCUUUGCGAAUCCGUUGUCAGAGAUAUGGCCGCAAGGAUGAUAUCAUCCUCACAACAUCAACAUGCUCGUUCACUAGGACGUUUCAUUGACCUUAAUGGGCUUAGGCACUACUAGACUCUUUGUGUUGAUCUCAUCUUCUACGUCUUCUUUGAGGAAGAUUCGAACCUGUGGUGCCUUGUUAUUCUCACCCUUCACAAACAACCACACCGACAAAGAGGACCAAGAGGCCAAAGACGACAGCUCGAAGACUGUGAACCUCGUAGAUAUCAAGGAAAAAUUGGCAGCAAUGUUGGGGAACCGCGCAUUGUGCUACUUACAACUGGAGAAGCCGAAGGAGGCAUUUGCGGAUUGUGAGCAGUGCCUGAGCCUUUUCCCACUCACAAACGAUUGUUCUAGCAGCUCUUGUAAGUAUGCCUAUCGGCGUUCCGUAGCAGGAGAGAAAAUGAAGUUGGAUGGACCCGAGAAAACAGAUUGCCUCACAGCAUUGUUUCACGCAGCGGAAAGAUUGAAGGUAUAAAAAAAUCGGAUUUCUUGUUGGAUGGGAUGCAAGUGAUGAAUUAGGAAUGUAGGUAAAAGAACUAGAUGAGAGUCAGAGCUUAGGUAUUACGAGUUGAUGUACUAGCUGAACAAGAUCAUAGUAUUUCCAUUUCCUUCUUCAUCCGCAGCUCCUGCUCCUGCCCUCAUCAUACUAGGUACUCUCCAUGGACAAAGAGGCAGAAGCAGCAUUGGGUUUGUAUUUUCGUUGGUCUCGACAAGUAUCUGCAGACGCGCUAGUCCAGCUGGCUCGUAGCAGUGGCUUUGAUGUCGAUGAAGAAAGCGUGAAGAGACUCGAAGGCGAGUCUUCGUCAACGGCUUUGGCUGUAGCCAGUGGUUCAGACAAUGGUUCGGGUUUACAGGGUCCAUCUGCACAAAAAGGUCCACUGCAUGAGCCGAUUCCAGCUGAGAGUGAUUAUUUCAAGGCUGGAGGUGGUGAAGCUGCGGAAAGGUUCUUGGAUAUGACCGCUGAAAAUUUGAGAGAACGCGGAAUCGUGGGACCGGAAGAACGAGAUGAUUAGGUGCUGUUGAUAGUUUUCAUUGGUCUUAGUUAGAGUGGACAUCGAGACUUGUUCACCGCGAAAAUUUGGAUCUAUUGAGAGCAAAUUGUCGUAUAGAAAUAGAGACACCUGUACUCAACUAAUUUAUGAGUAAAUAUAUGCUAGUAAUAUGACUAAAUCUAAAGUCUCUACUCGUCAGCUAAUAUGCCAGUAAAAGAUCAUAGAUUCACAUUCGGGUACUGGAUGAAAUCCAAAUCUUCUUCAACGUCUUCUAAUCUUAAGCGGAGCUGCCACCGCACUUGCGGUCUCGGAUCGAUCUGCAGGCAAUGCGAGAGCGUUUGGAGAAGAUUGCCGCCGAGACUGAAACCGCAGUUGAGAAAAUCCUCGCUGAAAACGAAGCAAAUACAAGUUCCACUACUUCUAGUGGAGGAGCCUUUGAUCCGCCAAGCAGAGUCAGUACAACAAUAGACAAGGAGAUGAGCAAACCUUGUUCUACAACUUCUGUUGUCAAGACCACAGCUGCUUCAACAUCAGUACAACAAACAUCUUCUUCAUCCACAUCCACUACUAGAAGAAAGAUUGGUCAGUUUGUUCCUGUCUUGCCCGUAGAGGAUUCCGACUCCGACGAAGAGGAAGAGGAAGAUGUGAAGGAGGAUGAAGGACUAGAGAAAUUGCCGGAGGAGGAAAGGAAAAAACUCGAAGUUUUCCAGGAGUUUAUGCGGCGAAAGGAGCAGCGGCAAGCACUCAUGAAUCGGUGGCGCGAUCAUACGGACUAUUCUCAGGGAGCUAUUGAAUCGAGGACAGAGUAUUCGUAGCAAAUCAUACAGACUAUUCUCAGGGAGCUCGUGAAUCGAGAGCAGGGUAUUCGUAGCAGAUCAUACAGACUAUUCUCAGGGAGCUCGUGAAUCGAGAGCUGCAGAGUAUUCGUAGCUUAGGUAGUUGUAGCGUUCGAGGACGAAGAGCUUUCAUGCUAGUAAGAAACAAGUUCUUUCAACAAUAUGAGGUUUCAACAUCAUGAACUAGGCCGUAAUGUUGUUUUCAAUUCCGACCAUCAUGUUGUCCAGCAAGCGUUUUUUCUUCUCGAUGAAGGUCUUCAAUUUUACUAUUUCUUGGUAAAAAAACCUGAACAGAUUAACAGAAUUGCACAUGCUUGCAGGCGUGGUGUUUUUUGAAUAUGUGAGCAUGGAAGUGGUGGCCAUUUUCACAAGAUAACAUGAACAUAAAAACUCUGAUAUUAAUAGUGUGGUUCGUCAUCGUCUUCGUCUAGUAAAAACUAUGUCAAAAUCAAAAAAGUCUUAUAAUUUUAUGUUGAAAGUGCCGUAU